AUGUUCAUGCGCCGCACGUUCGCCGUCGGCUCUCGCCGUGUCCACCAGCCGCAGCGCAUCGCUCACUGCGUCGUCGCGCCCCGUCCCUUCACCGCCUCAAGCUCUCGAUUCAGCCCGCGACUGACUUCGGAGCAACUCGUCGAGCGCCGCGCCGCGCGCAACGCGGUCCGUUUAGCAGCGCAUGGGAAGGAGACGAGCGCUGGCUCUACGCUGUACAUCGAAGGAUCGGUGCGGUACUACACCCGCCACUGUGUCAUUGUGGAGCCGCAGCACACGGACUCCAAGUCGUGGCCCGCAAAGCUCGAGCACACGCCCGGCCACGCCUUGAGUUUGUAUCGGGACGCGCUGGUGGCACUGUAUGGCGGAGAUGUCGUGAAGGUCAGGAAGAGUCCGUUGCUCGUGACAGCAGCGAUUCCAUAUAUGGACACGUGCAGUGCUUUUCGGCUGCAAGAAGAAGAAGAAGAAGAAGAGGGGAAGACACGUGUGGAUCGUGCAGAAAAAGGGACACAUGACGUUCUCGUCUUCCCGGAUGCCGUGCGCGUUCAUGACGUCGAUCCUGUGCAAAUUCCACUGCUAGUGCGGGGAGCUCUAGAGACUGCGUCAAACUUGUCUGCGUUGCUACGACGAGAGAAGAUGCGCUACGCGGAUAUGGAAAAGGGGUACCAUGUGAUGGUGUGUGGUCAUGCUGCAAGAGACGUACGCUGUGGCUGCAAAGGGCCAGAACUGCUGCAGUGGCUAAAAGCCACGGCCUCGCGCGACGACAAGCCGCUGCAUUUGUGGCUGUCCAGUCACAUGGGCGGUCACCGCUUCGCAGCAACGUGUGUCGCGUACCCUACCGGUGACUGGUUUGGUCUGCUAAAUGACCAGGACAGAGCUAGCGACGUGCUGGAGGCGGUCACCAACGAGGAUCCGUUGCGAGUGUACAAGUUGUGGCGUGGACGUAUGGGUCUCACGCCGCACGACAUGCAUCGAGCCGUCACAGAAAGAGUGGAACAGUGCGAAGACGGUGCCAGAGCGGCCUAG